AUGGCGCACUGGAGCACCUUCGAAAAAGAAACAGAGAAAGAAACGAAAAGGUUGGUCGGGCGCAUCAGCGGCAUCGAGGAUGAGGAGGACCAGAAUUUCCAGCGUGCGCUGAAAUUUACGUGGUCAAAUUUUAAGUUCCACAGUUUUCUGGACGUCGACAGUCAUAAAGUUGAACGCAGCAUAAAUGGGAUCUAUGAAAAGCUGAUGGUUCACUCCGAUGUGAGUAAAGCAGGAAGCUGGAGGAGACUGACUGCAGAAUUCCUCAACUCCCCUCUGCCAAAUACAGAAGGAACAAAGACGGAUGCACACUAUGGUAUUCUAUCUUUGCUGCUCCUCCUGUCUGGAUCGCCCUCAAACACAGAGUUUACUGAGAGACCCCGACUGAGAGAAGCAGAGCCAGAGGACAGCUUUGAUUGGGGCAAAUAUCUGAUGGAGGGUGAGGACGUAGACGUCGGACCCUUUCCAGAUACUCCUGAGUGGUCUGAGGACGAGAGCGAGGAUGACGACAGCCAGGAGCCAAUCAGCAGGGAGGACUCUGGCAUCCAGCUGGACAGGACACCUCAAGAGGACCAGGACAACAACAAAGCCGUUCCAGUCACGUGGACAGUUGGCGAGCCAGAUGCCCGGUCCUGGCUGGAACAACACGUGGUGACGCCGUACUGGGUGGCUCAUGCUCCUCGCUUCCCUCACAGCCUCCACCUGCACUCUAACUUACUCAACGUUUGGGAUCAACACUUGUACAACACUGAUCCUCUGUACCUGCCUGAAGAAAAAGCCUUCGUCACAGAGACCCAAGUCAUACGGGAGACGCUGUGGCUUUUCUGCGGCAUCAAGAAGCACUUCAUAUUCCAGCACCACGAUGGGAAAGUGUCAGUCAGGAAUGACGUGGUGGUGACUCAUCUGACCAGCAACUGCCUGCACUCCGUGCUGGAGAACAUCGCGGCGUACGGCCAGGCCGUGUGCCGACUGCAGAGCUUCAUCGAUGAGGUGACCGGGUACAGCUCGGAGCCCGGCCCCCCCGGCUCCCAUGGCUCCAGGAAGGGCUCGGAGCCCCCCUUCAGGACGUACCAGGCCUUCGUGUGGGCGCUCAACAAGUACUUUACAAGCUUCAAGCAAGAGCUGACCACGAUUGAAAAAGAACUCAUCUGCAAUGACCAGACGGUGACCCUGUCCGGAGUCCUGGAGCGGCUCAGCCCUCAUUUGGCUCAGAUCAAAGUGCUGCAUAAGGUCUUCUGCACGGGGGUGGCUGAGGUUCCUCCUGCUACCACAAACGUGGUGCGGGCCUCGCACUUGUUGAACACCCUGUACAAGGCCAUCAUCGAGUACGACAGCGUCGGGGAAGCGUCAGAGCAGACGGUGGCUCUGCUGUUCUCUUUGUGGACAGAGACUGUCAGACCAUAUUUGGAGAUUGUGGAUGAGUGGAUCGUUCAUGGUCAUCUCUUUGACCCUGCCAAAGAGUUCAUCAUUCAAAGAAACAAGGACGUCCCAGUAAACCACAGAGACUUCUGGUACGCCACCUACACUCUGUACAGCGUGUCGGAGACGGUGGAGAACGAGGAGAAGCUGAGCGACGCGGCCAGCGGCAGCUCCGGAGGCGAGCAGGGCGGCAGCAACAGGCAGCUCACCAUGGUGUCCUUCCUCAAGCCCGUCCUGAAGCAGAUCAUCAUGGCCGGGAAGUCCAUGCAGCUGCUGAAAAAUCUGCACAGCAAGGAAGCAGAGCAGCCAAAGAAGUCCUGCAGAGACGCGGACAGGAAGAGCCUGUACACGCUCUUUCUGGAGUCGGUGCAGUCGCGCCUCUGCAGUCAGGAUGAAUCACCGAUGGACUGCACGGCUGCACAGCAGGCCACCAAGAGGAGCCUGAUAAGGAUGCAGUCCAUCAUAUCUCAGCACCUGGAGAUGGACGACAUGCACGACCCGUUGUUGGCCAUUAACUUUGCUCGGCUGUACUUGGAGCAGAGUGACUUCCUGGAGCGUUUCUCAGGAGAUGAAUUCAUCGUGGACCGCUCCUCUCAGUCCGUCACCUGCCAGUCGUUCGAGCUCACCCUGCGCUCCUGCCUCUACCCCCACAUUGAGAGGCGCUACAUCGAGUGCUGUGGGAACUUGAUGAAGACGCUGAAAAAAGACUACAAGCUGCUGGAAUACCUCCAAGCAAUGAGGAACUACUUCUUGCUGGAAGCUGGAGACACAAUGUAUGACUUUUACACAGCCAUCUUUGACAAGGUGCAGGAGAAGGAAAGCUGGCAGCAGCCCUCCUUUCUCAAUGUGCAGCUGCAGGAAGCAGUUGGACAGCGCAACCUGGAGGACAGUAGCAGGUUAUCUGUCUUUUUGGAGAUCCUUGAUCAUACCAAGAAAAAGCAUCCCGUUAAUAAUUUAGAGGUCCUUACGUUGAGUUACAAGGUUCCCUGGCCCGUUGACAUUGUGAUCAGCUCGGAGUGUCAGAAGAUUUACAAUCAGGUGUUUCUGCUCCUGCUGCAGAUCAAAUGGGCCAAAUACAGCUUGGACACUCUUCGCUUCAGCGAUUUUCAAGAUGUCACGAAAAAACUGGAAGAAGCCGGAGUUGAGGAAAUGAAGGAACCACUAAACCAGCAAAUUCACAGGAUGUGUCUGCUGCGAGUGAAGCUGAUGCACUUUGUCAACAGCCUCCACAACUACAUCAUGACCAGGAUCCUGCACAGCACCGGACUUGAGUUCCAGCACCAAGUCCAGGAGGCGAAGGACUUGGACCAGCUGAUUAAGAUCCACUACAGGUACCUGGCAACGAUCCACGAUCGCUGCCUGCUGAGGGAGAAGGUCAGUUUUGUGAAGGAGGCCAUCAUGAAGGUUCUCAACCUUGUUCUGAUUUUCUCUGACCGAUGGCAGGCCGGAGCUUGGAAAAUCGAGUCUAUUGAUAAAAUGGAGUCGGAUUUCAAGAACUGCCACAUGUUUCUGGUGACCAUCCUCAAUAAGGCCGUUUGUCGAGGUUCUUUUCCACACUUGGAGUCUCUGGCGCUCUCCCUCAUGGCAGGAUUUGAACAGUGCUGAGCCUCAGCGUCCAACACUUCAGCCGUGCUUCUCUGAGGCCUUUCUCCAGCUGCAGCAUUGUGCUGUCAGUCAUGAAGCCUCCUGAGCAUAAAUCAGCUUUACCUCUGUAAAUAUUAUCUGUAAAUUUGUUUUUGCUCUUAAAUAUUAAAAUAAAUUGUAUAAAUGAGUUUUUGAAUCUGAGGAAAAUCUGAAGAGACUUUGUUAAGCAGUUGAUAAAUUUCUUUUUUUUACAAAUGCAUCAAUUAAAGGUUGUAAAACAAAUAAAAUUCAUUCAAACAUG